AUGAGACUAAUUAGUUUUAAUAUUAUAAAAAGGUUAAAUUUUCAACCACCAGUUCCAAAACAACAAAUAAAUCUCUGUCAAAUUCGUAAUUUACACGUUAAACCUUUUGUAUUGGGUAUUAACAAGAAUUCUUUUGGGAAUAAUUAUUUUAAAGUUGGUUGUAGUUUUUUAAUUACAAGAAGAAUGAGUAGUACUAAACCCGCUGCCGAAGUUAGUGAAGGUUUGCCUUUUAAGACCCUAAGAUUUUUACCUAAAAGUGGACAAGAGAAAAAGGGUUCCGCUAUCAUUGUUUUGCAAGAAUGGUGGGGAAUCAAUGAACAAAUAAAGGUUCACGCUCAACAUAUUGCCGAUAAUGCAAAUACUUUAGCAGUUGUUCCUGAUCUUUAUAAAGGUAAACUUGGCUUAUCUCAAGAGGUUAGAUCACAUUAUCAGGAAGCAAGUCAUUUGAUGUCCAAUUUGGAUUGGAAGGAAUCAUUAGUAGAAUUAGAGGCUCUUGUUGAUUCAUUGAAAAAAGAAAAUCGAGAAAAAAUUGGAUCCAUUGGAUUUUGCAUGGGAGGUGAAUUUCAUAAACCAAGAGUUGGGGCCGUAAGUCUUGCUCUUGCAUCACAUGUGGCGGCAAAAAAACCUUUGAGCGCUGUUGUUACUUGCUAUGGUAUUCCAUCACCAACAAUUUGUGAUGUAUCUGUGAUCGCUAUAAAAACUCCCGUGCAGGGACAUUUCGGAAGCGAAGAUAAACACACUGGAUUCAGCGAUCCAAAUGCUGCUUAUUCGCUUGAAAGGAAUCUUGAAGAAGGAAUAGAAAGAUUGGAUGCAUCAGGAAAAGAAAUUGCAAUCUAUAGAUAUGAUGGAGAAGAUCAUGCAUUUUUAAAUAAUGAAGAACGUUCAUUGAAGAUGCGUAAAGAACAAGGAUUUCUUGAUUUUAAUAUUAAAAAUCAAGAAUUGGCAUGGAAUAGAAUUUUCGAGUUUUUCAAUAAAUAUUUGUAA